AUGCAGGUCUUCCAACGUGAAGAAAGACGGGACCGUGGUGAUGGCCGGCGUUCAUCCUCUGCAGAGCAGAAACAGAUAAAACAUAAAACAACCACCCGGGCAGAUGAAAAGGAGAGCAAGGAAAGAGACAAUAAGAACGAAAACCCAUAUCUGCGGACCGCCAAGGGAUGCAUCCAAGGCCAUGUACAGGGCAAGAUUCAAUGA